AUGGUCAACCGUACCUUGUAUGGUCUCAAACAAGCUCCUAGAGCUUGGUUUGACAAGUUGAGUGACUUUCUUUUGCAGCUUGGCUUCUUCUCAAGCUUAGCAGACCCAAGUCUUUUUAUUUGUCACUCAAACCAUGGAGUUCUUAUCCUUAUCCUUUAUGUGGAUGACAUGGUGGUCACUGGAGAUAAUCCACAAAGAAUUCAGUGGCUAAUAUCUCAACUGAGCACUCAAUUCUCUAUGAAAGACCUAGGUUUUCUACAUCAUUUCUUGGGGAUUGAAGUUCACAAGAUUGGUACUGAUCUCUUCCUAAAUCAGCAUAGACCAGAUUUAUCCUCUAGUGUGAACUAUGUUUGUCAAUUCCUACAAGCUCCUAUUGUGGCUAAUUUCCAGCUUGUAAAAAGGAUCCUUAGGUACUUGCAAGGCACAGUUGAACUUGGCCUACGCAUCACCUCAGACAGCAGCCUUGAUCUCUAUGGUUUCUCAGAUGCUAAUUGGGCUGGUUGCCCCACCACAAGGAGAUCCACUUCAGGUUAUUGUACCUUUCUUGGUAGCAAUUGCAUCUCUUGGAGUGCUAAGAAGCAACCAACAGUUGCAAGGUCCAGUGCAGAGGCUAAAUAUAAGGCCAUGGCUUCCACAGCAGCAGAAUUAACUUGGAUUUCCACACUACUUUGA